UUUAGUCACUGGUUAAUUUAUCUGUCAAAGAUUCAUGUCACUCAUUGUCACAAAAAUAAAUAUAUGACACAUGAUAGUAAAUAACAAUAAAAAAAACUAUUAUUUUAAUUACUUUGAAUAAUCAUGCCUGUAAUGUUGACAGCUGAUUGGUUUCCCCUGGGGAGAGACACUUAUUUCAGAAAAUUCGAGCUGUAUCCAAUUGAAUUACAACAUGAAGUUAAUUUGAACAAUCAGCUAAUUGCUGCUCCGUAUGGAGGAUCCAUUGCAGUUACGAGAGAUCCGAAAAAAUUCGUUAAAAUCCAAGGUUCUAACAAACCUAUAAUAUCUCUGUACUCAUCAUCAGGAAAAGUAACUACUAAAUUUACAUGGAACAGCGGACAGUUAGUACGGAUGGGAUGGUCUCAUCAAGAAGAGCUUCUCUGUGUUCAAGAUGACGGAAUGAUUCUUAAUUAUGAUCUUUUUGGAUCAUACCAAACUACUUUUAGCAUGGGAAGUGAAGCUAAAAAUACUAAAGUUAUAGAUGCAAAAUUUUUCACAUCAGUAAAUGGCACUGGAGUAGCGGUUUUAACUUCUACAAAUUUAAUAUUUCUUGUAAAUAAUGUCGCUGACCCUAAAGUGAGACAAUUACCCGAAAUUCCCAAACUGGGAGGUCCAAUAGACUCCUGGUGUGUAGUCUGUUACGAGAGACAGAGCCAGGUGAUAAUUUCAAAUCAAAAUGGGUUGUACCAAAUCCAGCAUAUGGGCAAAACACCGGCGCCGAUACCUUUCAGUAACUUAUUUAGCAACAAGAUAAAUAAUAUCACCGCGAUGGCAGUGUCGGCAAAUAAUUUGCAUCUGGCAUUGUACGGAGACACUGGACAUUUGUACUUAGGAUCAGUUGACUUGAAAGAAAAAUAUACAGAAUGUAUAACUGGGAUCAACAAACCGCUCACAGACAUCGCUUGGUGUGGAACGGAAGCGGUCGUUUGCUGCUGGAAUAAUUCUCUGAUGGUCAUUGGCCGCAGUGGUGACACUAUUCUGCACGUCUACGACAGUCCCGUCCAUCUAGUGACCGAAGUUGACGGUGUCCGAGUUAUUUCCGCGAGUUCUCAUGAAAUGAUUCAAAAAGUCCCCAAUGUCGUUCAGAAAAUAUUCCGUAUCAACUCAACUGAUCCCGCGUCCUAUUUGCUCGAGGCUUCAAAACAAUUUGAAAAGCGCAGUCACAAAGCCGACAGUUACAUUGAUCUAGUCAAAGACAAACUUGACAGUGCCAUCAAGGAUUGUGUUAACGCAGCCAGCCAUGAGUUUGAUCCCGAGACUCAGAAACUUCUCAUGCGAGCGGCUAAAUUUGGAAAGGGAUUCAGUAAAUCCAUUGAUCCAGAACGUUAUGUCACAAUGUGUAGGAUUUUGAGAGUUUUGAAUGCCAUAAGACAUCCGACUGUUGGAAUCCCUUUGACAUUUACGCAAUUGGAUUUAUUGACUAAUCAGGUGUUAUUAGAUCGUUUGGUAGUUAGAAGACAUUAUUAUUUAGCUAUUCAAAUAGCGCGUCAUUUACAAAUACCUGAAGUUGAUGGUGAAAGCAGAAUUCUUGCUCACUGGGCUUGUUAUAAGGUAAAACAAUCAGUAUUGGAUAAAGAACAAAUAGCUGAAGAGAUAGCAGCUAAAUUAGGCUACGCACGUGGAGUAUCUUACAGCGAAAUUGCUGAAAAAGCUGCCGAUUGUGGUAGAAAACAAUUAGCUAUCAAAUUGAUAGAUUAUGAGCCGAGAGCUCAUCUUCAGGUGCCAUUACUUUUGCGUCUUGGAGUCGAAAGAGCGGCUCUUGACAAAGCAGUAGAAAGUGGAAACACGGACUUAGUUUAUCAUGUUAUUUUACAUUUUCAAAAGAACAUGCCUCUAGCUAAUUUUGAGAUGUCAAUAAAACAUUGCCCACUUGCGAUGUCACUCUACAUUAAAUAUUGUCGGAAUCAUAAUCGUGAAGCUUUGCUAGAUAUUUAUGAUAUGUAUGAUGAUUUUUAUUCACAAGCUCUCUGGUAUAUCAGAGAAAGUUAUCAACCAAAGAAUGCGUUAACUCGUGAGCCGCUAUUACUAAACGCUCAAGAAAAAUUCAAAAUGGGACGUUAUGACACUAAUGCAGCGUUGACUGAAGAACAAGUUAAAUUACUAAAGUACCAAAGACAAUUAGAGGAAACUUUACGCGAGUCAGUGAUCGGAAAAUCUCUUCACGAUACAGUCCAACUAUUGCUGAUGCAAAAUGAAGUUAAAUUAGCUGAUAAAUUGCGCUCGGAGUACAAAAUUCCCGACAGAAGGUACUGGUGGUUACGGAUCCAGUGUCUGUCUGAACGCGGGCUUUGGAGUGAACUGGAGAAAUUUUCUAAAAGCAAAAAAUCUCCGAUUGGCUAUGAGCCGUUCAUUGACGAGUGCUUGAAGUACAAUAAUAUAGAUGAAGGAAAAAAAUAUUUGGCUCGUGUUAGAGACGAAUUGAAAGUUAAAUAUCUAGCCAAGUUCAAGAUGCUAGUGGAAGCUGCUCAAACUGCCUACGAACAAAAAGAUUCAUCGGCUUUAUCAUUUGUAUUGGCGCAGUGCGGGCCGUCAGACAGAUUACUAGCCGAAAAAAUAAACGGAAUGUUAACUAGUCUCCGAAGUAAUAAAUAAUUUAAACAAUCUUUUGUUUGAUAUAAAAGAAGAAAAAAUAAAUUUUUUGUACAUAUUGUUUUAUAUUCAAUAAAAAAUAGAAUAACAA